GUGGUUUACGGCGGCAUAUUAGUAGCAAUUGCUGCCUGUACUAUCUAUCAUAUCAGUGAGCAAGCAUCAAUCCUGCAGCCGCUACCAGUACCUCAGAGCAACCACUGUAUUCUCGUACAAUACAGUACCUACUCUACCCACCCCCUCUCCUCUUUCCCUGCCCACCCCUCCUCCCUCGCUGUUGAUUCAAUUUGCAUACUUCCACUUGCAUUGCAUUACCGGGCCCCCUCCACUCUAGUCUUCUUACUAUUGCGUCCGCUCCCGGAGACAGAAGGUGGAUAAUAAUAAUAAUAAUAAUAAUAAUAAUAAUACUAAAAAGGUUCGCCAUUCUAACCUGCAUUCCCCCGGUCCCCGAGGAUUCGUUACCAUUCUUGGGAACACUUUUUUCCCCCCUUUCCCUCUCCUUCCAUCCCUUUGCACGUUGACUUCACCGAACUGCAUGCCUGUCGUCCUUUCGUUGCGUUAGGAAUUUUGGAGUUGGCUUCAUUUGUUGGUCCAACAUAUUUUUCCACGUCGACCAUUCACGCGUUCGCAUUCUUCUGCUCCACUGAAGCGGCUUGACAACGACACGCUAUACCCUCCACAGUGCUGCCCACCAUGGAACCUUGUGCGGGCUAUCAUGUGGAUUCUGGUAAAGAAAAGGAGGAUACUCCAAUCUCAAAAACCACCAUGAGUAUGGUAACCGUCCGCCUUUCCGACACCACCCUCGGAUCUCUCCCUUCUCCAACACCGACACUUAAACUCGUCGACGAUAACGCUGAAGAACUUCCCCUGAACAACGACGGAGAAACCAUGUAUGCCCUCGAACGAACAGAAUCGCCCUCUUCCGAAGAAAUGGCAGCCUCCCGAAGAUAUAGUGCCGAGAGCGUUAGCUCACAGAAUGCUGUUGACUGGGAGGGGCUGGAGAGAACUGAGGGUGAAAGCAUCAAAGACGAAACUUCAGAAGAGGUUGGUCCAUUUUCCUCCCCGUGGAAUUCCCCGCCGCCCCCCCCUCUUUUCUGCCUCCAUGAAUUGGUGAGGGGAUUUCUGACAACUGGCUCUGAUUUAUCUAGGGAACUGCCUUCCUUCUUGCUAGACUCGAACAGGAGAAUAAGCGUCUCGAGAAAGAUCCUAAAGCUCUACACAUUCACCCAGAGCGACCGCCAUCCCUUGCCCAGUUAAAGAGAAUGAUGGAUAGGCCUGAUCCCGAAACCCUUCGAUACUCUAUGCUGCCCACUCCACCACCUCUCACUGAUCUCGAGUUCUACGCUGCUCUGGUUGCGGAUUACAACAGAGCAGCCUCAAAGCUACCGCACCUUCUUGGUAAGAAGAUACGCGGGGGCAUUCCCCCUCCGCUUCGUGGAGUAGUAUGGAUCGCUAUGUCUGGAGCUAGGGAUAGCAGUUUGGAGGGACUCUACGACCAACUUCUGGGCGAGACGUCUCCAUACGAACAUUUGAUUGGGAAGGAUAUAGGAAGGACUGGGCUGGAGAUGUUCAAGCAAGAAGGGGGAGAGGGGCAGAGAAUGCUGGGGAGAGUGCUGAGGGCUUUUAGUAUUUACGAUACGCAGAUAGGCUACUGCCAGGGGUUUGUUCAGCUAUCCCCAUGUGCACCUACGGUUUCUAACUAUUGUAGUCUUGGUUUCUUGGUGGGACCGUUGCUUAUGCAUAUGGGGGAGAAGGAAGCCUUCUGCGUCCUCGUGAGGUUUGUCAAUCUCGACCAGGACGCGAUCUUGGGGGAGGGGUUAGUAACAUGUUUUACAGGCUUAUGGAGCACUACGACCUUCGUUCUUGCUUCUUGCCGAAUAUGUACGGGUUGCAAUUGCGAAUGUACCAGUUCACACAGCUCCUCGCAACCCAUCUUCCGGAGCUUGCCACACAUCUCGGUAGCCUUGGGAUCCAGCCAACAUAUGCGUCACAAUGGUUUCUAUCGUUCUUUGCCGUUAGCUGCCCGCUACCUAUGCUCUUCCGAGUUUACGACGUCAUCUUUGCCGAGGGUGCCCCCGAGACUAUUAUGCGCGUGGCCUUGUCACUUAUGAGACGGAAUGAGAAGCGCUUAUUAGCAACUUCUGAGUUUGAAGACGUAAUGCAGAUGCUUUUGGCUCGGGGGCUAUGGGAUACCUAUAAUUUCAAUGCCAAUGACCUGGUCCAGGACUUUGUCGGGUUGACGGGAAUCGUGACUAGCCAAGGGUUGGCGGACUUGGAGAAAAGGUUCAGGGAGGAGCAUCCCGACGACAACGGCACCAAAGCCAUGCCAACCAAGACACCUGGUUCAGACUUGCAGGCGGCUGCCUCUAGAUUUUUGGGGAGAAUGUGGGGUGGAGGUUCAUUGCCCGGGCCGGUAAGCUUGAGUCCUGCCUCCGGCCAAUCGCGACCCGCAAGUAUCUUAAUGAGAAGGACCCCGUCCAAACAGAGUCUUUCAACGGUCAGCUCUUUCGAUGCAUCUGAUACUGGUAGUGGAAUCACCGAUGCGACGACCCUGUCGCGAUGUUCCUCGGUUGCCGCUGAUGAUCGAAGAAUAUCGAUUAGAUCAAUAUCGUCAACGAGAAGGCAGAAUAAAGAUGGGGAGCUUCAUGGCCAAAUCGAAGACCUGCUUAUGGCCUUGAGUGCCUUACAGCGCGAACACGCUGCUAGGGUAGAUGAGCUUCAGGCGGUUAAGGCUGAGAGAGAGGAGGAGCGUAUACUGGCCAAGAGACUGGUGGACUUGCUUGCAAGUGGCUCUCCCGAUGGUGAUGAACCGGAGAGUGUCGACAGCAUCGCCGAAAUAAGCGACCUCUGUGACCAAAUAAGUGAAAACCUGAUCAGGGCAGAGUCGGAAACGGUUAUCACACCCAAACCCUCCACAGCACACUUGGAGGAGGAACUCCAGCGAGCCCGCGAGCAGAUCCACAGAGAGCAGCUCAAGUCCAGAGAUUUUGCAAACAAGUUAGCAGAACAGGAUGCCGAUGUUGUUAGGCUAAGAAGCCAACUUCUCGAUGCCAGAUCCAAGUGGCAGGAGAGUCAGAGAGAGAAACAACAGCUACAGAAGACAAUUAACGAGCUAAAGCACCCCCUAGGUUCACCCGAACUCAAGGAUCGCGACGGAGAGCCACAGAAAGGAGGGUUGAGGGAGCUUCGGCUAGGUCGCUCCAAUUCAACUCGGGGACAGCCGACUCCUGUAUUUAACAAGCGUUCAAGUUCCCUAGGAAUGCAAUCCAUACUAGCCCAAGAUAACAACGCCCCGGCAACGGCUGAUGCUCUCCUCGUCGAGCUUGUGGCUAGUAAGACUGCCGAGGCGGUUGCAAAGCAAGAAGCUGAGGAAGCUAAGGCAAAGUUGGAAGCACUACGGAAGGUUCUUGGGGGAGGCACGGCCAGCAGCGCCGGUUCAUUCCGGGACCCUCCCUUGUCACCAGGACUUGAUAGAGGGGCUAGCGGUGGUAGCUUCUCCUCAUACCUCUCGGUUGGAUCGUCUGUUCCCGCUACCCCAGCCAGUACAACAAACAGUGGAGGCGGAUUCUGGGGAGGAUGGGGGAAAAAGUCUACAGCCGUCGAUUCACGAUAGUCAUGCGUUACACCCGAUUGAUAUUUGUACGAAGUAGUAAAACAAAGAGGUAGUUGGGGAAAACUGGCGCAAGAGUGACAUUCUCGUGUUUUCGAGAAAGUUGUGAGGAAAUCAUGACCGCUUGAAGGAAUUCGUUAUACCGUCGUUUAGCUUCUUUUUAUUUUAUUUACAGACCAUCGCUUUCUUCACUUCCUAUUUGUGCUGUAUAUCUUCCCCUUUUCUUUCCUCCGAGUAUUUUCAAUCCCUCGUUCCUAUUAUAGCCAUUUACUUCUUCCGCCUUUUCGCUCAGACCAACAGUGGUUUAAACUGGUUGAAUACUUUCUUUUUGUUACCUACAUAGCCCCAUUCUAGCGAUCCUCCGCAAGGAUUCUUUUGUGGCUUGUUUGUGUAUUUUUCUUUCCACUUUUACAUUUUUACAUUUUUAACAAUUACUGGGCGGUCUUUUUUUUCUUUUUCUUUUUUCUUUCUCCGUUAUCGUAAAUUUAUCAUAACGUUACGGGAUCUGUGCCUUGCUUUUUUUCCUUUCUUCCCCUGGUUUCAGCCUUUUUCUCCUUUCUACAAGCCUGAUGCUAAGUGUUUGUAGAGAGAAAUUUUUUACUUUUACCUUCUUGUGUAUAUCAUGUGAGCGAGCAAUUCUUUUGAUUUGAUCUGAUUUGGUAUCGCUGUGACCUACGGUAGUUAGUUAUCAUGAUGGCAUAUUAUACUAUGAUAGCAGAG